GGGACAGUUCUGCGCCUCCUGCCAAGAUGCCUCCGGUGGCGGGUUUUUUCCUUGCGAUCUGCGUUGGGGGGGCAUUCGCCUUGGAAGCUUCCCUGAUGCCUCCUAAUCGCAACAAGACCGAGGAAGGAGCCAGCCUGUUCGCAAACGAUUAUAACACUACCGGGGAAGAGGUGUUCUCCAAAAGCAUGUUCGCCAGCUGGAAUUACAACACCAACCUGACAGAUUACAACGCUCAGCUGCAGAUAAAAGCUUCUUUGGAGGAACAAGAAUUCACAGAACUUUGGGGAGAAAAAGCUAAGGAGAAUUAUGGUGACAUCUGGCAGAACUUUACUGAUCCACAACUUAAGAAAAUAAUCAGCUCCAUUCAGACCUUGGGUCCUUCCAAUUUACCAAUGAAGAAACGGCAAGAGUAUAAUACUAUUCUAAGUGAGAUGGACAACAUCUACUCUGUUGCCAAGGUUUGUGCACCAAACCAGCAACCCUCCUGCUGGGCUUUAGAGCCAGAAAUUACAGAAAUCAUGGCCACUUCUCGUAGUUACAGAAAGUUGCUUUAUGCCUGGGAAGGAUGGCAUAAUUCUGCUGGCAAUCCCCUGAGAUCCAAGUAUGAGAAAUUCGUUUCACUGAGCAAUGAAGCCUAUAGAAUGGACGGAUUCCAAGAUACUGGGGCUUAUUGGCGCUCCUGGUAUGAUUCACCAACAUUUAAGGAAGAUCUAGAGCAACUUUAUCACCAAUUGGAGCCUCUCUAUCUAAAUCUCCACGCAUAUGUCAGAAGGAAACUAUAUGACCAAUAUGGCUCUAAAUACAUAAACCUGAAAGGCCCUAUUCCUGCUCACUUAUUUGGUAACAUGUGGGCCCAGCAAUGGAACAACAUUUACGACAUGAUGGUGCCUUUUGCAAAUAAGCCACAUCUAGAUGUUACCAAUACCAUGAAACAGAAAAACUGGAACGCAACACACAUGUUCCGGGUGUCGGAGGAGUUCUUCACAUCGCUUGGCAUGUUUGAAAUGCCACCUGAAUUCUGGGAGAAAUCCAUGCUGGAGAAACCAACAGAUGGGCGGGAGGUGGUGUGUCAUGCAUCGGCAUGGGACUUCUUCAAUCGCAAAGACUUCAGGAUAAAGCAAUGUACAACAGUUACUAUGGAACAACUCUUUACAGUACAUCAUGAAAUGGGGCACAUUCAAUACUACUUGCAGUAUAAGGACCAGCCAAUAAGUUUUCGCAGUGGGGCUAACCCUGGCUUUCAUGAAGCCAUUGGAGAUGUCAUGAGUUUGUCUGUUUCCACUCCCGCCCAUCUCAAGAAAAUUGAGCUGCUCACCAAUGUCACUCAAGACAGAGAGAGUGAUAUCAAUUAUCUUCUGAAAAUGGCCCUGGAAAAGAUUGCCUUUUUACCCUUUGGCUAUCUAAUUGAUCAAUGGCGGUGGGAUGUUUUCAGUGGACACACCCCUCCAAGCCGCUACAAUUUUGAUUGGUGGUACCUAAGAACAAAAUAUCAAGGAAUUUGUCCUCCUAUUGCAAGAAAUGAAACAAACUUUGAUCCUGGAGCUAAAUAUCACAUCCCUGCCAACACACCUUAUAUCAGGUACUUUGUCAGUUUUAUUCUACAAUUCCAAUUCCACAAGGCCCUUUGCGAAGCUGCCAACCAUACUGGUGACCUUCAUACAUGUGACAUCUAUAAGUCCACAGCAGCUGGACAGAAACUCAGUGAGGCAAUGAAGGCAGGAUCUUCCCGGCAUUGGCAAGAUAUUCUCCAACAACUCACUGGUACAAGUAAAAUGAAUGCUUCAGCAUUGCUUGAAUACUUCAAACCCGUUACUGAAUGGCUAAAAGAAAAGAAUGGGAAGAACAAUGAAACACUAGGCUGGCCAGAAUUCGAUUGGCGUCCUCCUGUCCCUGAAGGCUAUCCAGAAGGCCUUGAUAAAAUAACUGAUGAAACUGAAGCUAAAGCAUUCUUAGAAGAGUACAACAGCACAGCUGAAGUGGUGUGGAAUGCUUACACAGAGGCCCUUUGGACGUACAAUGUCAACAUUACUGAACAUAACAAAAAGAUUAUGUUGGAGAAGAAUCUUGCAAUGUCAAACCAUACUCUGCAAAAUGGAUUAAAGGCUCGGCAGUUUGAUUCCACUGAUUUCAAAGAUUUUGAAAUAAAACGUAUUCUGAAGAAAUUAAGUGAUAUUGAGCAGGCAGCCUUACCUGAAGCAGAGCUGAAGGAGUAUAAUCACCUGCUCUCAGAAAUGGAGACAACAUAUAGUGUAGCCAAAGUCUGCAGAACAGGCACAGACUGCAAAGCAUUAGAUCCUGACCUUACAGAUACUAUGGCUACAUCAAGAGAUUAUGAUGAGCUUCUUAAUGCCUGGAAAGAUUGGCGGGAUGUAUCAGGAAAGAAAAUCCGAAAACUCUAUGAGAGAUAUGUACAAUUGAGCAACACAGCUGUCCAAUUAAAUGGACAUGCAGACAAAGGUGCUUAUUGGAGAUCUCUUUAUGAAACUCCAACUUUUGAAACUGACCUGGAGAACAUCUGGAAUCAGCUUCAACCACUAUACUUCAAUCUGCAUGCUUAUGUACGCCGGGCUCUAUACAAAAAAUAUGGAGAAAAGCGCAUCAACCUCAGAGGCCCAAUUCCAGCUCAUUUGCUAGGUAACAUGUGGGCACAAUCAUGGGCAAACAUUUUUGACCUUGUUAUGCCAUAUCCUGAUGCUACCAAAGUGGAUGCUACUCCAGCAAUGAAACAGCAGGGCUGGACCCCAACAAAGAUGUUUGAACAAUCUGACAGUUUCUUCAAGUCACUGGGACUUAUCCCUAUGCCACCUGAGUUCUGGAAAAAGUCUAUGCUGGAAAAGCCAUCAGAUGGGAGAGAAGUGGUCUGUCAUGCUUCAGCCUGGGACUUCUACAAUCGCAAGGACUUUAGGAUAAAACAAUGCACUGUUGUGAAUAUGGAUGAUUUAAUAACAGUUCACCAUGAAAUGGGUCAUGUCCAAUACUUUUUGCAGUAUAAAGAUCAGCCCAUUUCAUUUCGUGAUGGGGCCAAUCCAGGUUUCCAUGAAGCCAUUGGUGAUGUUUUGGCUUUAUCAGUGUCAACCCCAAAGCAUUUGCAUAAAAUCAAGCUGCUUGAACAUUUAGAAGAAAACUAUGAGAGUGAUAUCAACUACCUGAUGAGCAUUGCACUGGAUAAGAUUGCUUUCCUGCCCUUUGGCUACCUGAUCGACCAAUGGAGAUGGAAAGUAUUUGAUGGGCGUAUUCCAAAAAAUGAGUACAACCAACAAUGGUGGAAUCUCAGAUUGAAAUACCAAGGUUUAUGUCCUCCUACACCAAGAUCAGAAAAAGAUUUUGAUGCAGGAGCAAAAUUCCAUAUUCCUGCUAAUGUCCCAUAUGUUAGGUACUUUGUCAGUUUUAUAAUCCAAUUUCAGUUUCACCAAGCUCUGUGCAAAGCUGCUGGCCAUACAGGACCUUUAUACAAAUGUGACAUUUACCAGUCUAAAGAGGCUGGGAAAAUCUUAGGGGAUGCCAUGAAGCUGGGCUUCAGCAGGCCAUGGCCUGAAGUCAUGCAAAAUAUUACAGGGCAACCCAAUAUGUCUGCUGAAGCUUUGCUGACCUAUUUCGAACCAUUGACAAGAUGGCUCAUCGAAAAGAACAAGGAAAAUAAUGAAACUCUGGGUUGGCCUGAAUACACCUGGCAGGCUUACGCAGGUGAAUCAGAAGUCAAUUUCCUUGGGAUGUCACUGAGCAACGGUCAAAUAGAAGCCGGACAGUGGAUUUUGCUUGCAAUUGGGCUUAUUCUUCUUAUUACCACAAUAGCCUUGGGUGUCAUGUACAUAAGAAGAAAGAAAUCCUUCAGAUCUAAUUCAGAAAUGGAAUUGAAAUGAAUUGAAUGUGUUUAACCUGUUUUCUACUAUGCCUCCAAAUGAGUGUGAAAAAGAGUUGAAGAAAAUUUUGUAUGUAUAUAUGGCUGAAUGAAAGAGACCAGAUAUAUCUGCAUUUAGAAUAGAAACUAAUAUUGCUUUUGUGAGUGUGUAUGUAUAUGUAAGGUUUGAGUGUCCAUAGAGAGAAUGUGAGUAUGUUGUGUUGCAUACAUGUUCUAUGGCUAAUUUGCAGAUAUAUGGCUGGGGAGAGUAUGUGUGUAUCCUAUUUGCAAGGAAUAAUUAGAAUGUGGAUAGCUAUGCAUUUGUGUUCACUUACCCAACUGAAAACACUCCCAUGAGGGGCAACCUUAUACAAACAGAGCAAAUGUGCCAACAAAAAUACUUGACUCUUCUAAUAAAUUCAACAAACCUUUUGAUUAUGCAAGAACCAAAGCAAAAACAUUUAUUUAUUAUAAAUAAAUAAUACCUGGAUUUUUGAACAAGGGGAAAAGAAGAAAAAACAAAGCAAUGCGAUCAAGUUGGGGUAAUGGGUACAGCUGUACUGUUUAAAUCACUGUUGACCCAAUGCCUUUCUUCAUAUAUUCAUUUGAAGAGCUGGUAAAUUCCAUCAGGCUUACUGUAACUCA